AUGGGCAACUGUGGAACCCGUUCCUCCGCUAAAGAAGACGCAGAGGAUAUUAAACAGUAUCCUGAUGUGAAAUUUGAACAGCUAGACCAAUUCCAAAUGAAUAUCUGCAAGAAUUUCGCUCAAUGCACGACGAAAUAUCCGGAUAUAGUUAAAUCUUCUCUUCAUUGUUCCUCAACAGACCCCUCAUUUGAAAAUAUUUCAAGUCAUGAUUUACCCUGCGAUAUUCCAAGUGUGCGUUCCAUAACACCGAGUGUAUCCGCACGACCAAAGAGCUAUAUCAAGUGUCCAAGUCUUGAUGGCUCCCGAAUGAACGGUUCCUCAUCUCCGAUUAGUUACCGUGGUGGUGGUGGCGGUAGCAUUAGUAGCGAAAGACGUCACCAAUUGGAGCAGCGUCCUAAUUCAGCUUCUCAUAUAAUGAAAUACGGUCUCAAUAAUGUGAAUAACAACUGCCAUUCUCCUAGUGCCAAUUCGGUGUGUAAUACCAAUGAUCGUCGGGCAUCUCCUACUGUCAAGCAAAUGCAGCUUCUGGCUCUAAACAACAGCAAUAUCAAUGGCAACUCAGAAAAAUACAUCCAAAGGUUGAAUUCCAAAUCGCUUCAACAGAAGUAUUUGGUUCAUCACAAUCAUAGCAAAACUGUCAGCAAAUAUUUUGUUGCAAUUUUUGACUACAAGGCAAGAAGUGAUGAAGAUCUAACUGUUCAUAAAGGAGACGUUGUUAUCAUUCUCGAUCGAAGCGAUUCAGACUGGUGGCUGGUAGAAAAUGCUUCCAACCACUCGCACGGAUUCGUACCAUCAGCUUACUUGGCAGAAGAGGACUCAAUCGAGGUUUUUGAAUGGUACUUCCGCGAGAUAUCCAGAAAGGAUGCUGAACGUCUUUUGGUUCAACAAGGCAACCCCAUUGGAACAUUCCUCGUGCGACCUAGUGAGACCACUAAUGUGGUAGUAGUCUUGGCCGAUGGCCAGAUUUCAGUCUGCGGUGGGUACUACCUCUUCGCCGCCUCUUCGAAUUCCCACCUUGAAUCGCUAUCUCCUGUUCUCUCUUCUGUCGGCACUUGUACCUUUCAUUCCAUUGAGAAGCGUCGGCUUAAAAAGGUACCUAUUUUGGCAUUCACCUUGGGUAUAUUGGGUCUUGACCUUUCCGUAAUCCGCUCAAUCCUGCUGAAAAAGGCAUUUUUCAGCCAGCCAGUGGACAUAACGCGCCGACACGAGCGGCAGUACCUUGACCAGUCGGUAUCCUCAUUCGGUGACAGAAGAGGGGGCCUCGCUGUCGGCCUCAAUUAUUGCCACCGCGCCGGCCGCAAUUUACUGUCAUACAUAACCCCCGGCAUUGUGGCUUCCUCGUCUUUCGGUGUUUUGAGGUCUGUAGUCCUGUCCGAAAUUCAUGACGAGAAGCCGCGUGGCUUGGUUUGGCUUUCUGUCAUCGGCGGCUUGUCUUUCAUCGCAUAA